AUGGCGACCCCAGACGUGCUUCACAUGUCGAUAUACGACAUGCCGACCUCGCCGCCCCUGUGGGACAAGGUCGGCAGGUUCUACGUGGCCUUCGCCUGCACGUGGACCUUCCUCCUGCUCGCCGGCAUGGCCUUCUGCGUCGCGAACCGAAACAACCCCGUCCUCAAGGUCCGCGGACUGCCUCUCUCCUUUGGCUCCAUCCUUCUCCUGCACUCGUAUUGGAUCCUGGCCCAGAUCACGUAUCCCAUUGCGCGGUCGAUGCCCGUCGUCCUCGCAUACGACAUCCAGUACUUCUUCAUGGGCAUCUACUUCCCGCUGGGCAUUGCGCUCUUCCACGCCUCCAACCUCCGCUUCCUCCGGGUGGCCAAGCUACAGAAACAGUUUACGACGGCCCGACCCCCGGUCACGGCCAACAAGCGCCACGGCGCCGAGACGUCUCUGCUCCGACGUAUCCGCAACAUGGACUACACCGCUCGAACCAUGGUGUUUAUCGGCACCGGCAUGGUGGCACAGAUUGCCCUCACCGUCGGCAUGUGGUUCGCGUGCAAAAAGUACCAUCCCACGUUCGGCCUGCCCGGCACGCAGAUCAAGGGCGACACCCUGCCGGAGCAGCUGGCCGACCUGGGCCGUGGCUGGGAAUGGUGGCCCUCUCUCGUGUGGCAGGUCGUCUGGGCCUGGAUGGUCGCGCCGUACCUGAUUUGGCGCGCUUGGGGGAUCCGCGACACCAUGGGAUGGCGGACGCAGACCAUUGCCUGCUGCCUGGCCAAGAUCCACCUGUCCAUCAUCUUCUUCGAGAUAUUCACCGUCUUCGUGCCCGCGUGCGAGCUCGUCUCCAUGUGGUUCGUCCGGCGGAGGGUCGACCGGAGCAACGCGAAAUGGGACACGGCGUCCCAGCUGAGCGUGACGUCGCAGACGGUGACGCUGGCGGGCAAGGGCUCGACGACGCACAGCCUGAGCCUGUCCGAGAAGGGCCGGCCGCUGGACUUCCUCGACGAGGAGCUCGGGGACCGGCUGCUGACCAUGGCGGCGCUCGACCACGUGCUCAGGGACAACCCGGGGCCGCUGCAGGAGUUCUCGGCCCUCAACGACUUCUCGGGCGAGAACGUGGCCUUCCUGACGCGCGUGGCGGGGUGGAGGGCCUCGUGGCCGCUCAUGCCCGCCGGCGCCAGGGAGGAGCUCGACGUCUUCAACGAGGCCCUCGCCAUCUACGCCGACUUCAUCAGCCCCCGCGACGCCGAGUUCCCGCUGAACCUGGCCUCGCGGGAGCUCAAGCUGCUCGAGGACGUCUUCGAGAAGCCCGCCCGCGCCGUCUGCGGCGAGCCCCCUGCCAGCCCCGCCGUCCCGUUCGACCUCGAGGCGCCGCCGCCGCCGCCGUCCCCCUCCCGCGACGGCUCACACCCCGACCUCGGGACGCUCGUGAGAUACCGCGGCCAGGUGCCCGCCGGCUUCAGCCUCGCCGUCUUCGACAACGUCCAGAGCCACAUCAAGUACCUCGUGCUGACCAACACGUGGCCCAAGUUUGUUUCCGAGAUGCAGUCGCGCCGGCGGUCGAGCGAGACGGGGCGCAGCGUCCUGACCGACACCUCGGGCCAGUCACACGGCAGUCGGCUCUCUGCUCGGCUGGCCAGGCUGCUGAGAGACUUGGGUGUGUAG